GGGGGGGAGGGCAGGAAUGUGUUAUUCGCCCGUUAUUUUUCGUGUUUUUCAAUCGCCUCUCCUAUUUUGAUGUCUGCCAGCUGAAGAGGUUGGAGUUUUGUAUCGUCCACGUCCUCAAUGGACCCAGACAGCGCCCAGAAUGGGGUCAGUAAGAAGAUGGGCCUUGCUCGCCUGGCCAAGGCUCGUAGCAUCUCCAACAGCCUAAACAACCUGCAGUUCAUUGAUGAUAACCCUGAGGGUAAAGGAGAACUAACAAGAUACUCAGACAUGCUAACCUCUGACCUCACAAUUCCUGCAGUUGUCCUGACUACCCCAACCCAGUCCCCACCAUCCCCUCUCAACCUCCCCAGCCUCCCCAAUGAUACUCUGCGAGCCCAGGAACAACACACUGAAGUACAAGGCUCACCCCUGAGGAGCUUCAGCAGGCAAGGAGCCGGUGUCAACUUACUGCCAAACAAAAUGAAUGUGUCUACACUAAGUGGACAGCCAACAGAAAAGAAAAAUAAGGGUGCAAGUCCGGACGACGAUGUGGUUUCUGUAGAUUCAAGCCAUGGGCAGGUGCCUUGUAGUGACCCCGAUUUUAUAAGAGGUGGGAAGUCAGGAAUAAAGGGAAGUCCACCUCAACAGAAGAGUGCUGCUGAAGGUGACAAGCAGAGUGUAAAGUCUGACAGCAUGAACAGUGGUGAUUCACCUGGGAAGAAGAGUGAGUCUUCAUCUGGUUCACCUGGGAAAAAGAGCGAGUCUUCAUCUGGCUCCUCGGGAUUUUACUCGCCCAUGCUAGCUAGGCGUUCCCGUCUAGAGCCUCCAAAAGUCAAGCGGUCAAGGUCACUGACACGCCUCACAGAAGCCAUAAAUCAGAUACAUAACCUUUGUGUUUUCCCAGCCCAGCCAGCAGUUGCUCCUGAAAAUCAGAAAGGAGGCUCCCCACCAAGCAGCCCUUCACACCAGCCUGUCAGUCUUCACCUCUCAGCCCCAGAGGUAAUGGGCGCCUUCACCCUCACCCCCCUCAUUGCCACGCACAGUAGAAUAGACAAAGACCGUACCCAGUCUCCCAGGCUUUCAAGGCGGUCUGCGUUCAGGGAGACCGUGCAAGAUCGAAAACAGUCCAGCAUGUAUUCCCUUGAUGCAGUUGCCUCCCAGCCCAGUAGUUACCCUGAUAAGAAUUCAAGCCUUGAGGAUAUAACACCUUUACCCCAUGUGACCAACCCGAGUGAUUCACCUCCUAGUCUUUCACGUGCAUUUGUCGUAGAGAAUGGAAUUAAUACCUCCAAAGCCCUUGGUACUAAGACACCUGCUUCUCACACUAAUGGUGAGGUUUUGGAUUCCAAAACACAGGGUAGUGAACAUAGACAGAGUAGAGGGAGAUCAAAAAGCUCAAGGGGGAGACAAAAAGAGAAAGGUACAACUAAUCCCAAGAGUGGUUGUGUGUCUGCAGAAUUAAAGCAUGCAAGUACUGCCCCUCACAGCCUAAGUGCUCAAGGAGACAGCCAAUCAACGAAGCCUCCUUUUGUAUUAGUAAAGAAGAUGCGUUCUGGAAGGGCCGUGGUGUGGGACAGUUACAAGCCCAUGUCAGAGGACCAUGCCAGCAUCUCCAGCAGCGACGACCGCGAGGAUGAUAUUGUGAAAGAUUCUCCUCACCAUGAUUACCGAUCUGCAUCACUGGAUGAACUGACAAACAUUGGUAUUCCUGUUGGGUUGCCUAUUUUGUCUCCUGGAGACUUAAAGCACAAGAAUUACCUCUUUGGUGGCUUCUCAAGCCUGCUUGGAGCUUCAGAGCUAGAUCGCUACAUCCCUAAACGCUCCAUCACCAUAUUUAUUGCUACAUGGAAUAUGAAUGGCAAGGUGCCUCCUCAGAACCUUGAGGACUUCUUGUUGCCAGAAGCCCUUGAGCAGGUCCCUGAUAUGUAUGUUGUGGGCACACAGGAGUCUGGAGGCAGCCGAUCGGAGUGGGAGGUGCGGUUACAAGCAGCUAUUGGGCCAUCACACGUACUCUUCACUUCUGCAAUUUUUGGUGUCUUGCAUCUCAUCAUCUUUCUCAGGAGAGAUUUACUCUGGUUUUGCUCAGUACCUGAAGAAGCAACUUAUAGCCUUCGUCCUGGUGUGGCAUACAAAACAAAGGGAGGUGUUGGCAUUGGUUUUCAGUUCUUUGGGACAAGGAUGUUGUUUAUAAACUCUCACCUUACAGCACAUGAGGAAAAGCAACAAUAUAGAAUCCAAAAUUUCCGUAAUAUUUGUCAUUCUCUGGAUAUCCCACGUCUUCUGCCGCAUAAGUUCAAAAAUAAAGAUGUCACCCAUCGUUACGAUUGUGUCUUCUGGCUCGGUGACCUUAACUUCCGUCUGGCAGUCAGUCGAGACCAUGUGUUUGAAAGACUGAAGCAGCCUGGUCGUGAAGCGUAUGAGCAUCUGUUACAGUGGGAUCAGCUUUCCCAGGCACAACAAAAGGGUGAAGCAUUCACAGAAUUUAAGGAAGGAACAAUAUCUUUUCCACCAACAUUCAAAUAUGACCCUGGUACUGAUCAUUAUGACAGCUCUUCUAAACAACGUGUUCCUUCAUACACUGACAGAAUUCUCUUCAAGAGUGGACGUGGUGCUAUCACAUGUUCCAGCUACAAUUAUUGUCCUCUUUUUAGGACAUCAGAUCAUAAGCCAGUGUCAGGGGUAUAUGAAUGCAAAAUUAGACCUGGAAAGGAUGAUGUGCCAUUGGCUGCUGGGAUGUUCAACAGGGAUGUGUAUCUCGAGGCACUGAGGCGCAGGAGGAGGUUCCUCUACCAGCCUUCUCUGAAAAAUUGUCCUGUUCAGUGAGGAAGCAUCCUGAGACAGAAAAUAAGGAUGGUGUUUGUGUAGAACAUGGCAGUAAAUCUGUCAAGAUGCAUUUACCUCCAAGCAAUGAAAAAUGCAAUCUGCUUUUUGUUAGAAUAAAUUGUUGUGCAAUAAUAAUGAUUUUGUUAUGUCUUUAUUACUGAAAAAGUCAUGGUGCUUUAAGAAGCAUACAUUAUGGUGCAAAUGCAAGAGCUAGUUUAGACAGAUGUUAUAUUUUUUCUUUUUAAUUGAUCUGGAAAAGUAGGAAAAUAUAAAGAAAUUUAAUUGUCACAUAUCUCUGUGCCAAAUUAGAAUCUCCUUAAUGUUCAAGGAUGUCAUGAGAAUAUUUUGAGUGCAUUUAAUCAGUGAUUGUUAAGGUAGAAUAAGAAAGGUCAACAGAUCUGUUUUUUGAAUCUCAGCUGAUAUUUUCAUAUGUAAUAUUUUCAUGAAAGACUGUUGUAUAGUUAUUGAAUCUUGCCAUCACUUCCUAUUGUGAUAUAUAAACCUACUUAGAG